CUCUGUGCAUCUGGGGUCGUCAUGUCUGGACGCGGGAAGCAGGGCGGCAAGGCUCGCGCCAAGGCCAAGACGCGCUCGUCGCGGGCCGGGCUGCAGUUCCCGGUGGGGCGCGUGCACCGCCUGCUCCGCAAGGGCAACUACGCCGAGCGGGUCGGGGCCGGCGCGCCGGUGUACCUGGCGGCCGUGCUGGAGUACCUGACGGCCGAGAUCCUGGAGCUGGCGGGCAACGCGGCCCGCGACAACAAGAAGACGCGCAUCAUCCCGCGCCACCUGCAGCUGGCCAUCCGCAACGACGAGGAGCUCAACAAGCUGCUGGGCCGCGUCACCAUCGCGCAGGGCGGCGUCCUGCCCAACAUCCAGGCCGUGCUGCUGCCCAAGAAGACCGAGAGCCACCACAAGGCCAAAUAAGCAGUAAGGUUAGGGAAGUUGCCAAACAAAGGCUCU